AUGUGGAAUAGCAGACAGAACCGGAUGAAGUCCACAUGUGCAAGGACUGAGACCUGUGCUCAACCUCCGAGGGGAGGGCAGUGGAUCCCUCGCUCGGCCAUCAGAGGUGUGCUGCACGUGUCAAUUGUUCGUGAGAGGUCCCUCGUCCAUGUGCACGUACUGGAGGCUCACAGGCUGACACAUGCACAACCACUCUACAGACAAACUGCAAAGGGAUGUGAACAUGGUUAUUAUGUCCAGGUGAGGAUGAACUCCAGCAGGACUCAGAACAUUGGGAGCAGCAUACCCUCUGGUGAUCACAGGUGCACGCUGAGAGUGGGGGAGGAGCCUGGCCACAGCUGCAGACUGGUGCUGACUCUUAUCAGCGCAGAGGAGGAGGAGCGGACUGAAGCACCGAGCACAGAGGCUCCACGCACACGCUUCCACUCCGGCGACAUGACGGCCCUGGCGCGCCUCGCACCCUGGCUGCUGCCCCCGCUCUUGUGCCUCAUCCACGGCCUGCUCGCUGGCGGUACAACGGCAGCGACGGAGGGCACCUGUGUGCAAAAGACGUGUGCGGGCUCAGACUUUGUGUGUCAAAGUGGGGGUUGUGUGCCAGUGCGGUGGCAGUGUGAUGGAGAGCCAGACUGUGAGGACGGCUCUGAUGAGGCCCAGGACGUCUGCCACAUGAGGACGUGCAGGUUCAAUGAGUUCAGCUGCACUGCAGGCUCCACACAGUGCAUCCCUCUGUUCUGGAAGUGUGACCGGGAGAAGGACUGCGACAACGGGGAGGAUGAGCUUGACUGUGGUAACGUGACGUGUGCUCUGAAUGAGUUCACAUGUGUGAGCGGCCGCUGUGUUUCUCAGAACUUUGUGUGUAAUGGCGAAGAUGACUGCGGUGACGGCUCGGACGAGGUGGAGUGUGCGCCCGCUUCUUGUGGGCCAGCAGAGUUCCAGUGCGGAAACUCUUACUGCAUUCCCUCCAGCUGGGUCUGUGACGAUGACGUGGACUGCCAGGACCAGUCAGACGAGGCGCCCUCGCACUGCGGCCACAACCCCACGCCCCCCUCGCGCUGCUUAGCUAGUGAGAUGCAGUGUGGCUCUGGAGAGUGCAUCCACCGCAAGUGGAGGUGUGACGGAGACGCGGACUGCAAGGACGGCAGUGACGAGGCUAACUGUCCUACGCGUUCUUGCACUCCGGAGCAGUUCAAGUGUGACGACGGCAGUUGUGUGGUGGCUAGCAGACAGUGUAAUGGCCUGAGGGAUUGCGCAGACGGCUCCGAUGAACUCCACUGUCGCAACGCGACCCAGUGCUCAGGUCCAGACAAGUUCCGGUGCCGCAGCGGGGAGUGCAUUGACAUGAGCAAAGUGUGCAAUAAAGCACGGGACUGUCCCGACUGGAGCGACGAGCCCAUCAAGGACUGCAAUCAGAACGAGUGUCUGCUGAACAACGGUGGCUGUUCUCACCUGUGCAGAGACCUGGUGAUCAGCUUUGAGUGCGACUGUACUCCAGGCCUGCAGCUCAUCGACCACAAGACCUGCGGAGACAUAAACGAGUGUUUAAAUCCGGGCAUCUGCAGCCAGAUCUGUAUCAACCUGAAGGGGGGCUACAAGUGUGAGUGUCAUAACGGAUACCAGAUGGACCCUACCAGCGGGGUGUGCAAGGCUGUCGGGAAGGAGCCCAGCCUGAUCUUCACCAACCGCAGGGACAUCCGGCGCCUGAGCUUGGAGCGCCGUGAGUACACGCAGAUCGUGGAGCAGCAGAGGAACACUGUAGCCCUGGAUGCAGCCUUCAGCCACAAUACCAUCUUCUGGGCCGACCUGGGACACAAAGCCAUCUACAGCACUGUUCUGGACAGGCGUGGUGACCCUGGCGUUCACACCAAAGUCAUUUCCAACGUGCAGACUCCGGUGGGCGUGGCUGUUGACUGGAUCUACCAACACCUGUACUGGUCCGACCUGCAGACCAAGACAAUCUCUGUGUCCACCUUCAAUGGCACCAAGCACAAGGUUCUGCUGGACCGCGGCUUGAAGGAGCCAGCCUCCAUCGCUGUGGACCCCCUCUCCGGGUUUCUGUACUGGUCAGACUGGGGGGAACCAGCAAAGAUCGAGAAGUCUGGAAUGAACGGCAUGGACAGAAAAGUGCUGGUGGCCACGGACAUCCAGUGGCCAAAUGGGAUCACCCUUGAUCUGAUUAAAGGGCGUCUGUACUGGGUGGACUCCAAGCUACACAUGCUCAGCAGUGUGGACCUAAAUGGGGACAACCGCAAGAAGGUGCUGCAGUCUUCAGAGUUCCUGGGACACCCCUUUGCCCUCACAGUGUUUGAGGACCGUGUUUUCUGGACAGAUGGAGAGAAAAAAGCCAUAUACGGAGCCAACAAGUUCAGUGGUGCUGAGGUUGUGACCCUGGCCAGCAACUUGAACGACCCGCAGGACAUCAUUGUAUACCAUGAGCUCAUCCAGCUGGCUGGGACUAACUGGUGUCUGGAGAAGGGCCAAAAUGGCGGCUGCAGCUACAUGUGCCUCCCGGCCCCUCAGAUCAACAAGCACUCCCCCAAGUACACCUGUGUGUGUCCAGAGGACCAGGAGGUGGACGAGGACGGCCUGCGUUGCCGGACAGAAGUGAAUGUGAGUGUGCCCAUCCUGGUGGACUCGACAGCGCGGGGCUCUGCAGCGGCUUGGGCCAUCCUCCCCGUAUUGUUGCUGGCCAUGGCUGCGGUGGGGGCCUUCCUGAUGUGGAGGAACUGGACCCUGAAGAACCACAAGAGCAUGAAUUUUGACAACCCGGUCUACCUGAAGACGACAGAGGAGGACCUGAGCAUCGACAUCAGCCGACACGGUGCCAACGUGGGCCACACCUACCCUGCUAUCUCCAUAGUGAGCACAGAAGACACCGACCUGUCCUGA